AGAUGUCAAGUGUACUGAUAAUAGAUAACACGGCCCGGAGGGUGUACACUUAGUACUGCUGGGGCAACCACAGAGUUGAUUACUGUCUUGUUGUGAGGCAUUCUGAUGCCAUUCUCACACAACAGGUGCCUUCAAUUAUUUCAGCAUUUUUGAGGAUGUGGCUGGUGGGCGGAGGUGUGGUGUGGGCUGUGCGGACAACGCUGCAGGUGGUACACUGGGUGUGGGACACCUGGGUCACCCUGGUCUUCACACUCAUAAUGGGCUGGCGGAGGAAGAGUCACCUCCCUCCCGUCUUCAACCCAAUUCUUCUUCUCUCCGCCUCUGAACUGGCGGAUAAAAUAAGAGAAAGAAAGGUCAGCAGCGUAGAGGUGGUGAGGUCUUACGUGACGAGGAUCAGUAACGUCAACCCCAUCCUCAACGCCAUAGCCCAGGAGAACUUCCAGUCUGCCCUCCUCCAAGCCAGGAUGGUCGAUGAACGCCUCGACCAGGGUCUUCACGAUGGAAGUCUGACGAAGGAGUGGCUGAAGAAGAACCAGCCAUUUUUAGGUGUUCCCUUCACGGUCAAGGAGACUAUUGCUGUGGCCGGGUUACCACACACGGGCGGACUUAUGGCGCGCGACUACGUUAUCGCUUUCCGGGACGCUGAGGUCGUCACCAGGAUGAAGAAAGCAGGGGCCAUCUUGUUGGCAAACACGAACAUUUCAGAACUGGGUAUGUGGUGGGAGUGCGACAACCGUGUGUACGGCAGGACCAAUAACCCCUACGACACCAGGCGAACACCAGGCGGCUCUUCCGGCGGUGAGUGCGCUCUGAUGUGUGCGUGUGGCACCCCGCUGAGUCUGGGCACGGACACCGGCGGGUCUAUCCGCACCCCGGCCUUCUUCUGUGGUCUCUUCGGCCACAAGCCUACUACUGGUUUGGUGUCUCUCCGUGGCUGCAAAAUUCAUUUUGAUAGUGAAUACAGCGAGAUUCAGUGCGCUGGUCCCAUCACUAGACAUGCUCAAGACUUGGCUCCCAUCCUGACCAUUCUUGUUGGAGACAAAGUUAGCAAACUUCGUCUUGGAAAACAUGUCAACCCUGGAACCCUGCAAUUUUUCACCAUGGAAAAUGAUGGGGAUGCAAUUUUGACAACAAGAAUGAGCUAUGCCCUAGUCGCUGUACAGAGGGCUGUUGCCCAACACUUCCGGCAUACAUAUGAUUGCACUGUGCGUAAGGUGAUCAUCCCUGGAAUGCGACGCUCUUACCAAUUGUGGAAAGAGAAACUCCAUGAAGAGCAAAAAGAUUGGACUCCAAUGUUUAAACAACUAGCAGACAAUAAGGGCGAAAUCAACGUGUAUACAGAAAUAACACGAGCCAUACUGGGCCGUCCACUUCACACUGUACCCUUACUAGCUCAGGCGCUCCUUGACAAAUUGGUUGGAGAAAUCAAAUUUCUCAAGGACCAAACAAAGGUACUGCUUGGCAAGGAAACCACUGCUGCUCCCAUGCCAAAAGUUCAGUUGGACACUCAAUGGAAAAUUCUGCAAAUGAGAGUGCAACGCCUGCUCGGAGACAAUGGAGUUCUCCUAUAUCCAAGUCACCCUACAUUGGUACCCUAUCACAGUGAGUCAUUCUUUCGCCCCUUCAAUUUUACCUACACAGCCAUCUUCAAUGCAUUGGGAUUUCCUGUAACUCAAGUGCCUCUUGGACUGUCCCCUGAUGGUCUUCCAAUUGGUAUACAGGUAAGAAAUGCUUGGAAAGUUUUAAAAUAUAAAUUAUAUACUUAUUUUUUAUAUCUUUUAGGACAUUUAUACAAAAAUUUCCCAUUCAAAAUAUAUUGUACCUGGUAAAAUUCACAAGCUCUU